CUACCCGUCUUGCCUCAUUCCCAUACGAGAUAACGGGGUGCUGCUGGGAUCAGGAUAAGGUGUGGAUGUUUACGGCCCGCGACCGCUACAACACCGCAACAUUCAGGAUCCGUCAACAACGCACAUUGAACUUGCGGGCCUUUUCAUUUUUACUCUAGUCAUUUGUUGACAGUCGCUCCCGGUCCAGGCUAUACCCAUCGAUAGCACGCGGUGCUGUUAAUGCAGUAGCUCCCCGCGCGUUGUUCUCGGAGAGUCUCAACCGUUGAUAUUAGAUCUCUGGCGAGGCAGCACCACAUAGCGUCGCAUUGCAUCUAGCGCAGCACUGCGACUUGUGAGUCUAGCUCAAGUAGGACCACAGCUACCUUUGCCGUGAAACAGCUAUGUCAGUUCUGAUGGGCGCGCCAUCAGCGCCUGGUCUCAAUAUCCCCAAUGCGGACCAGUUAGCAGCCACCGGUUUGGUGGAGUCCCCCGGGACUCCUUCCUCUCCCAAUGCAUGGGCACGUUUUGAGUUCGAGAUGGGACGCGGCAAUGAAGGCUCGAAGGUCUUGGUGGUCGAGUGGGAUCCGGCAGUGGCUGGGGCUGACGAUACGGAACCACAUCAGCCACGCCAGGAUCUCGAUACGUGGGAUGUGUCUUGGGAGGGAAAGAUCUUCAAGGAGACCAACGAGGUCAAGGAGGUCGAGGGUGACUCUACUCAUCGUAUCCUCAUCCUCAUAGAGGACGAUGUUCAUGUACCAUCAGUGGUCACGAUAUCACAUACGUUGACAGGCCGCAGAUUGGUCGCAAGACCAAUGCCUGCAAUCUUCACGCCAGCGCUCGGGGCCGACGUUACGAAAGCCGCCGGGAAGCGAGGCGUCCUUCACACGCAGUGGGCGGAAAAGAGGUUGAGACAACUCUCAACGGAAUACGAUCGCGAAGUGCAGGUCAACAGCGAGGGCGUUGGUGCGCAGAUGGCCUGGGAUGACAUGACGUGGGUUGCUUACCAUUUUGGCCUUCAACAUCCCUAUCCCGCCGGCAGGCCAGUCCAACAGGAGGCUCCGCCCACGCCUCAAAGUCCCCGGUCGCCGGUAGGAGGUAAACUCGGCGAAAAGCUGAGAGGGCUCAAGCUUGCCACAAGUCCUUCUGAGCUGGCUAACACAGGAGGUCAACGACCAAACCAACAUUACUUUACACCCAGUAACUCUGGGACUACGACACGCACUCGAUCGGCUUUGUCUACGGCCGUGGCCGUGGGAGGUACAACAUCCGGAGUGGCAUCGUUAGAUGCCAUGAUGGAGGAUGACAAAUCGGCACCGCCAGCCCGGCCGCCCCUGGAGAAUCAGGUAACUGAAGACGAGCUAUUCGCUCUGCCUAUGAGCCCAAGAAGCCCAGAAAUGAAGAAGAGUCCUUUCAGUAUGAUCAAAUAGAAGGAGUUGUCUAGCUAUUCACUCGACAUUCAAAAGCGAAGAACUGCCGAAUUCGCAACACCCUGACACACGCUUCCCUCAUUGCUGCUUCCGGAAAAGCUUCCAGGAAGUGCUCUCGGCCGGGAUGUCGAGAUAGUAGGUAGCACGAGAAACUUGCAAAGCAAGUUCGCUACUCACAGCGAAGCGAUCGAUGGGAUGUAUAGAUCACAUGGGUAA